GGAGCUGCAUAGCGUGGAGCCUAACUAGUGCCUUAGUAAAUACGACCACUCUCCACUAGCCAUCAGAGAUACACCAAGACCCAAUGCCUCCUACCUCGUGCCUUCUUCCUCAGCUGGGAACGUUCCCCGUGCCUUUUGUUUCAACAUGAGCGUUCCUCAAGCAUUCUGCCUCAGCUGAGAACGUUCCUCGAGCUUUCUGCCUCUUGAUAUCAACAUUUAUUGUGUAUUAUUAACAUUUAUUGCGUGUUUUUCCACUGCUGUUAACGUUUUAAACGUGCCUUUUGCCUUUAUAGGCUCGUCCCCGGUGCCUUCUAUCUCAUUUAUAAACGUUCCUCGUGCCUUUUGGACGUACACUGAACAUACGUGCUUUUAUUGCCUACUUAGAACGCAACUAUAGACUAAGCAGUGAAUGUUGAUUGUGCUACCUGUAGUGAUUAAUCCUAGUUUCUGGGACACUGUGAACGUUGGUAAUAAUGCUAUUUGUGUAGGGAACGUUGCAUGUAGUGAACGUUUAUUGCACUUUGUAUCCGUAUAGUGAACAUUGCUAGUGCCUUCUUUAUCCGUACAGUGAAUGCUGGUGGUCUGUUCCAUCAGUGUAGUACAACGUAGUGAAGAACUGGCAUACCACUGUGCCUUCCCGAGUCUUGUAGUGCUUGUGGUGUUAGGCAUCAAUGUCUUUGCAAAGUUUGUAUUAUUAAACGUUCGUUUAGUACUGCACCUUAUGUACUUGGGAGGAAAGUAAGAGCUCCUGAAGGUGUUGAAGGAGUGGCAGGUGAAGGUGGAGUGAAAACUGGGGUGUUAUUGAGAAUUGUAGAGCCCCCCGGGCAGUCAUUAGUCGGGGUGGAUCUACCGGGUAUGUUUCCACCUGGAGGCGCAGGUGGGUAUGGCCAGGAGGGGGGCCAGAACCUGCUCUCCCCCUCCAUGUACACCUCUCAUAGUCAUACCCACAUGCUACCCUACAAUUCUUACUCCUCCCAGUUGGUGCAGCCAUCCACACCCUCACCCUCCAUGUGGCAGUCCUCCACCCACACUGCCCUGGUACCCACAGCUCCGCCCACAGAACAGACCUUCUCCUCGCCUCUGAGCUUUAACUGUGGGCGAGAGGGGUAUCUUCAAGGGGCCGGAAGCCAGAGUCUACAGGCACCCUUCAGUUCGUAUCCAACGUAUGCUCAGAUGAACCAUGGAAUGUGGCGGCAUUACGACUCCAUGAGUCUUCAAGGUUUUACCAAUUGCCCUGGGAGUGAGUUCUUCGCUGAGAGUCGCGAGUGUGUCAACUGCGGUGCUGUUCAGACGCCACUAUGGCGGCGGGAUGCCACCGGCCACUAUCUCUGCAACGCCUGUGGCCUCUACACCAAGAUGAACGGCAUGAACAGACCCAUUAUCAAGCACUCCAGGAGGCUGGUCAGUGCUGGGCCAGGCCUGCCCUGCGAGGAUGGCUUCUCCUUCCAGACAUCAGCGAGGAGAAUGGGUCUGAUGUGUUCAAACUGUGGCACCACCACCACCACACUCUGGCGACGCAACAAUGAAGGUGAGCCAGUGUGCAAUGCAUGCGGCCUCUACUACAAGCUCCAUGGUAUCAAUAGGCCGCUCCAGAUGCGGAAAGACUCCAUUCAGAGCCGCAAGAGGAAACCUAAGAACAAGAAGACAGAGGAAGGAGGAGAUGAGAAGGAGAAGGAUAAGAAAACCACAGAGGAGAAGCCACUGAAGGAGACAGAACGGCGCCCUACUGACCCCACUGCCACACCUGUAGUCCCCAAGCCCCCUCAGCAACCCCAGCCUUCCCAACCCCCACCUCAGCAUAGCCAGCCAGUAGCCAUCCCCAGCACCAGCAGCCAGUCAAGUGUCAAGGUGAAGCAGGAAGGCUACUCUUCGUUCUCAUCGCUACCCAGCCCACCAGCGGGACUUAUGUCUCCACCAGUCACCCCAAGCCUUAACUGUACCUCCUCCAAUGGCAUGUUUGCCACUUACACCUCCACCACCCCAAACUUCACCAAGUUAAUGAUAAGCUAGAAGAACGUUUCACUCAUAAGGAAGAUGCUGAAGUACUCAUGAGGGAGGAGAGGACUAAUUUGAGACUGUUUUCCAUAUACUUUGACUGGGUGUGUGGGAACCCAGUCUUUUUCUUAAUGUUACUGUACGUGAUUGUGCAUGUGCCUCUCUUUAGAGAACAUUGGCCUGGUAUUGAGAGGACCUUGAUGGAGGAUAGUUGUAUCCAGGCUCUUGCCUCCUUUUCCCCGAUGAACGACCAAUAUAGCCAGGACGACUCCCAGUUUAACCUGGAAUAAAGUGCUAUAUUAAUUAUUAAGCAUAUUAUAGUCAUAGAGAAAAUUGUGAAGGUAAUACAGUGUCUUGAAAGUUGGAGGUAAUUAGGCUUGAGCUGAGGAAGUAAAGCUCUAAUUUCUAGGAUCAUGCCACCUCCUUUUAAGGUUAUUAAGCUUGUGAUUGAAUUAUUUUUUGAAAUAAGAUAAGGCACGUCAGACGUAAGGUUUGCCCUAACCCUGGCACCAUAUCUGAGGAUCACCGAUUUCACUCUUUUCUGGUGUGGUCUGUAGUUGGUUAUUGCUUAUGGUAAUAGUGAAUGAAGCAAAAACCAAAGUGGAAAAUUCUUAUGACUGCAUUUUUGCAGCAAAUGGCAUUGUCUCACACCCCUCUUUCUAUUUAAGAUGUACAGGAUAGGUAUAUAAAUAACUACAUCUGUAUACACAGCUGCUUAUCUCUCAAUUUUUCAGAAUUGAUAAAAAAUGCUUAUAUCUGGAUUUCAUUUCUCAGUAAUAAUCACCGAGUGAUAUUAUGAAAGGUUAAUGCAGUCUGUACAUAAAGCAAAUUCUAUUUAUUUCUGCCUAUUUGUAAUCUAGAGAAUUAAAAUUGAGGAAGUGCUAGACUCAUACAGGGCCUGGGAAAAGGGAAUGAAUUAGAUUUGAUCCAAGAAUGGGUUUAAUACCUUGGAUCAAGAGGCCUUCCAACAUCAGUGCACCUUCCUUAAGGGAAGGGGGGUGGCUUGCAGUCCAAUAAUAAUGACGACUGUGCAUUUGCUCAGGUAUUGUUCAAAGCAUACUAUGUGGACUAAAUAUUAUUAAAACUAGCAUAGAAUGACAAUAGUACCAUUUUUAACACACUGGCUGUCUCCCACUGAGGCAGGGUGACCCAGAAAAGAAAUGCUUUCACCAUCACAGUCUUGCCAGAGGUGCACUGAUAUUACAGUUCAGAAGCCCCUCCAAACUGCAGACAUCCCCACCCGUCCUUCAGAGUGCCAGCACUGUACUUCCCACCUCCAGGACUCGAGUACCAUUUAUAUCUUAUGAAUAUAAAAUACUGGGAAGGAGAAAAUUAGCAAUAUUCUCAUUUUAUUUGCUGAUACACAUACUUCAAAGACAAUUAUUGUUUUACUAGAACUACCUAUACCACAUUUAACUGUGGUAUAGUGAUAGUAUUGCAAAAAAAUAUUACUUUAUGAAGACAUUAAUUAUUAUGAAAACUCAUUGCUAUUGUAUAACUUGAGCUCUUCCUAGUUUGGCUGCAAAGCUAGUUUUCAAAAUAUUUAAAUGAAUUUGUUCUUGGUUUGUGAAGGCACUCUGAAGUUUGUAAACAGUUAUUAAUUUUCCUAAAUAAAUUUUGUUUAUUACGUUCCGUUUUUAUAUUAUGUCCAAGUAUGCCAUGUGCCUUUCUUGAUGGUAUUUUGAGUUGUAUGGAAGGAAAGAUUUUAAAGAAUUGUAUAAAAAAAAAAAAUGUUUCAGUGUAAUAUUUCAUCAUUUGUAAUUAGCAGACUGUCAUCAUGAACUUUUUACUGGAAAUAUAAAUGGGAUUUUUGACGUCUCAGGCAGUGCAAAGAGUCUGAAGUAUAUAUGGUUUCUUGUAAUAUAUUGGGCAAAGGGAUUAAUACAUAUGCACACAACUUAGACUAAAUGUGGAUAGGAUGUACUAGACGAAAAUGAAUACUUGUAUAUUUCUCAUCUGUUUAUUUAUUUUUUCUCUUAAGAACUUUCUCAGAAAGUUUUAUAUCAAGAGUAAAGGAUGGCACAAGGAAAGUACUGCUAAGACUUCGUUGUCACACUUACGAAAAAUAAUUGUUCUUGUUGUACACUAAUGUAUUGUUUUUAGCGACAUAUGGCUGUCCUGGUAUAAUACACACCAAAGCUCCUUUUUUUAUCUUCAUGCUACACCAAGGUAUCUUAGCUUCACAUUCAGAGAAUUUUUCAUUAAAAAUCUUGACAACAGAUUUCAAGUUUCAUCACAUGUCCUAUAUCAAGGCUAUGGGCUCUAGUUCAAUUUUUUCCUCGAGAAUAAAUUACCAAUAAUUUCUUAGUGCAAUGAGAUACAUUAACAAUAUUUCAUUCUUUCUACAUAAUCUGCUCUUUUAUUAGUUAUAUACAUAUUUUAGACUUUUUACGAAGCUCGCACCUGAAGGUGUACAUUAUGUAGACUUGAAAAAAUGAAACUUGUCCAAAUCAGACAAGAGUUUAAAUGCUAGCAACUAGACAUGAUAAUCACUGAGGCUGCAAUCCACUUAGACACUGAUGUCAAGGAUACAAUACUUUAUUCCUUAAUAUAGCUAAAAUUUCAAUGUUUGAAAAGAAAGAAUUUAAACAAACUUUUCUAUCUUUAAUUUUUUGACACCAGCCAUAUCCUAACGAGGCAGGGUGACCUGAAAAGCAAAGAGGAAAAUGAAAGAAUUUAUAAAAUAUGGCAUUGAAUUUAAAAUGCUUAACCCACUAAAGCUAAACCUAGUGUAAAUAAGACCAUUUCACCCAGAGAUGGCAUAAGUGGUGCAGGCCUCGAGGAGUAAUGUGGAGCCUUGAAGGAUGUGUGUGUAUAUACCAGUUUGACAACAUUCAUGUAAAUAUGCUCUUCUCCAAUAUACAGAUAACUUUUUUUUUUUUUGGUGUAGGUAACAGCUUAUAAUGCAGAUGAAUGUGUGAUAGCUCUGAGCCUUUAGACUGUCUGGAGUUGGAUAUAUGCUUUCUAGUUGCUGAUUGGUUGUAACUGUUUUUCAUCUACUUAGCCAGGCAUUAAGCAGAGCUUGAAAAUGGAAGGAUAUACACCUGAGAGGUGUAUAUUUCUUAUGGUAUUCUGAGUGUUUACUUCAUUCCCUGUUUUAGGGAUCAAAGUUUCCUUGACUGGUUACAUGCAAUCUUAAUCACCAAUCCAUAGGCUUUAAACCCGAUAAAUAAAUGAUGUAAACUAACAAUUGGGCAAGAAAAAGCUAACCAAUCAGCAUCUAGUGUUAUGAUAAUGACGUAAACGCCCAACGGGUAGCAUAACCAAUUAGCAUUUAGAUUCAUGUAAGUGUAAACGACAUGGCGUUGACCAAUAAUUAUCGAGCAUUACGCCAACCAAUAAAAAUACCAAUUAGCGUAAAGGAUCUCUAGUAUCUUGUACGACUGGUCAUGGUUCAGGCCAUAAAGUUUACAUAGUGUAAGUGUUUUAUGUGAAAGACGUACAUAGAAUUUUGUCAUGUCCAGACGCACGCACUGUAAUGUCCAGACCUUCACACUUUGUAACACUCGAGUUACAAAGUUUGUAUAAAUACUUAUUCUAUUUCUCAAUAUCUUAGUUUUAGCUAGACUUUAUCUGUGAAUUCUGAUUUGAUUAUAAAAAUACUGAUUUAUAUGUCUAUAAUUGCAGUUAAACAAUAAUAAAAUAAUUAACUAAAGGCCUUAGUUCCAAAAUGUAAAAGCUUUAGAAACUCUGAAUAGUAACGGAAAAUAAAUCUGUUCAGGGCA